UUUCAUUGCUCAGCUUCUUUUUAUCAGUGUCUCAUCUUCAAAAGCCAUCACUUUCUUCGUUCAAUACUUCCUCAACAAUUCUCUCUGCACAACAAAACAAGAGAACCGCUACUUCCCAUUGGGCUUUUCUUCUAUUCUGCUUCCACGCAGAAGUAGCGGCCGCUUUCUCCAUUCAUCAGUUUCACUUCAUUUUCUCUGUUUGCCAGCUAACAACUGCAUCCCGCCCCCUGUUUAUUUAUACCGUCUUCAAUUUUGCUUCCAAAUUAAACCCACUUUGGUCUUGGGUCUUUGCGCCCCAUAUAUAACCACAUACUCUCUCUUUCCCGUACUUUUUCUUUGUACGUUCAAAGAAACAAUCCGUGGCGGACCAGUUAGUUAUAUACAGUUCUAGUGACUCUAAGUCACCGCUAAGAGAAAAAAUGAGCGAGCCACAAAAUUCAGAGACAGAGAGCAGCUGCUCCAACUCUUUCUUUUCUCCUCCGCUAUCGCCCUCAUCUCCCAGGUCAACUCAUUCAACACCUAACUCGGCCCCUAGCUCAACCGCCUGUCAAAACGCUAAACCUGAAUCCACCUCGGGUUCUAAUAGAAAGAUGAAGAGAAUGAGGGAUUCAAGCAAGCACCCAGUUUACCAUGGCGUCCGAAUGCGAAACUGGGGCAAAUGGGUGUCAGAAAUCCGCGAGCCACGCAAAAAAUCCCGCAUUUGGCUAGGUACUUUCCCUACCCCUGAAAUGGCAGCUCGUGCACACGAUGUGGCCGCUUUAAGCAUCAAAGGAAACUCGGCUAUUCUCAACUUCCCUGAACUGGCUAACUCUUUACCUCGACCAGUGUCUUUGGCACCCCGCGACGUCCAAGCCGCGGCAGCCAAAGCUGCCCAGAUGGACAAGUUUGACUCUCCAUCAUCUUCCACAACAUCGUCUUCCACAUUGUCAUCAUCGUCAUCGCUGUCAUCUUUGGUUUCUCAGAUGGACUUGUCUUCAGGGUCAGACGAGUUAAGCGAGAUAGUGGAGCUGCCAAGUCUUGGGACAAGUUAUGACUCGAUUGAGUUGAAGAAUGAGUUCGUGUUUAUGGACUCGAUGGAUGGAUGGUUUUACCCUCCACCAUGGCUUCAAAGCGUGGAAGAUUGCGGGUAUGUUUGUGAUCAGUUAGUCGUGCCAGAGAGCGUUUUAAAAAAUGGUUUCGAAGAAGGUUUGCUAUGGGAUUAUUAGUGUUUUCUUUUUUCUUCGUUUGUGAAUGUGAGUGUGUAUUUUUCUGCUCCUUUUUUUUCCCGUUUUAAGCCCUUUUGCUUUUUCUUUGAAGGGCUAAAACUCUGUCCUUUUCUCUCUGUUUUAUGUGAUCUCUUUCAAUGAAUCCCACUGUAAAGUGUUUAGAAUGGGAAGAAGAGGAAAGUGUCAUAAAUUUCUUCCCUUUUGGCUUGAUCCUUACACCUUUCUUUCGAGCUUCAAAUCUAGUUUUCAACAAUCAAAAUUUAUGCCAAGAUAAAUGGGAAAUGAACCAUGCUUAAAAGCUUAUUCAUUUCAAGGAUAUAACAACAGAUGCCUGACACUGGAAAGCUCCAAUUCUCCUUGCCAUGAAAGCUGAGGUUUGGUUUUGGCAGAUGCCAGAUGGUGAAACCCGAUGAGGUGUGAAAGUGACAAUUUUCCCCCGUUAGGGUAACAAUAUCUACCAAUCUAUCUAACUUUUUCUAUACUUUUUAACUUUCCAUAAAUAAUACUUUCUCUUCUGAUCUUUCUUUUGCAUCGCCAUCGCAUCGUCUUGUGCUGUUCGGUCAGUCGGUCAGUUCAGUUGUUCUUGGAUUUUUGUUCUUCAUGAGACUCAGUUGAAAAUGGUGGCUCUAGAAUUUCCCUUAUGCGUGGAUAUAAUAGAUGAACAGCGCAAAAAACUUGUUCAUCUUAAGAAUGAACUAUGA